CCCCCCCCCCAUCUGUCCCCCACCAUCUGUUCCCCCCCCCUGUCCAUCAUGUCACGACUACGAUUUCCAUACCGUACCGAAUCGCAGACAGGCGAGGAUGGGGUCAAUGUAGACUUGACCAUUAUCGGUGAAAAGGGCAAAUCGAAAGAAGUGGAACGUCUCUGGGGAUUGGAAAACUUUGGCAACACUUGCUACUGCAAUUCCGUCUUACAAGCGCUGUACGCUUGUGAACCGUUCCGACAGUUUAUCGAGUCUUACGGAGAUGCACCUCCACCGAUCGCACCGAUGGCACCUCCGCCUGGAGAAUCUAACCGACCACAAGCGCCGCCGGCUACACCUCUCGCGACAAAGAUGUCCAACCCAUUCGAUAAUCCUAAUCUCAACUCUGCAUCAACAAGUCCUGCACCAUCAGGAGGUAAACGUGGACUCUUUUCACGUCGUCCAACGUCCUCGAGCUCAGCUCAGACUCCCAGUUCAGCUCCGGCGCCUUCUUUACCCCCUCAGCCGACGGCUCCUCCAGCGCACAUGAUCAGUGAAUUGGACAUUCCCCCUGUAAACCCUAAUCCGAAUGGCGCCCCUCCUUCGGUCUUUGAGACGGUUCAAACACUCUUUUACCAUCUCACGACUUCGCUCCCGCAUCAGCCGUUGCCUGUAAAGAAGGACGCCAAACCAAACGCAGAGAAUGCUCAAACUGCCUCGCUCUUGCCAGCAUCUGCACCAGAGAAUGGCGAAGCAAAGCCUACGGACAAGCCCGGUGCGCCAGCCAAGGAACCACAAGGCCCACCUCUGCUCGCCUCGCUGCCCCCACCAUCAGCUCCCCGGGGUGGAGGGCCUUUUCAAGCGGGCACACUCGGUCGAGGUGUCGUCCGACCGGAAGAUCUCCUUAAAACUGUCAAACGAGAAAACGAAAUGUUCCGAGGCAUGUCUCAGCAAGACGCACACGAGUUUCUGGGAUGGGUCUUAAACAAGGUUGCAGAGGAUGUCGAGAUCUAUGAUCGCUCAUUAAGGGAAUCAGGCAAACCAAUGAUCGAGCCCAAGGUGCCUGGCAAGACUUUCGUGCACCGACUAUUUGAAGGUGUCCUGACCAACGAGACGAGAUGUCUGAGUUGCGAGACGACUUCCUCGCGUGACGAGCAAUUCCUCGACCUUUCCAUCGAUAUCGAGCAGCAUUCGUCCGUCACUGCAUGCUUGAGACAAUUUUCCACCUCAGAAAUGCUCUGCCAGAAGAACAAAUUCUUUUGCGAUUCAUGCUGCGGGCUCCAAGAGGCGGAGAAGAGGAUGAAAAUCAAGCGCCUUCCCAACAUUCUUGCCCUACACCUCAAGCGAUUCAAGUACCAGGAGUCAUUGGGACGCUACACCAAGCUAUUCUACCGUGUACCGUUCCCCACUUCACUCCGUCUACCCAACACGGCAGACGAUACGGUCAACCCAGACCGACUAUACGAGCUUUUCGCCGUGGUGGUGCAUAUCGGAAACGGCCCACAUCACGGUCACUACGUAUGCCUGAUCCGAUCUGCUGGCAGAUGGGUCAUGUGCGAUGAUGAAAACGUCGAACCUAUCGACGACAGCGACAUCUUCCGAUACUUUGGCGAUUAUCCCUCUGGAGCUGGAUACGUCUUGUUCUAUCAAGCUGCUGAUUUGAACCCUACGGAUGUCGGUCUCAAGGUAAUGCCCAAGCGUCAACCUCCUCCGAAACCCGCUGUGGAGAUCCCUCGAGUCGAUACACCGACCGAGCUCGAUCAUAUUGCCGAAUUGCAUGAGCAGGAAGAGGCGAUCCCCGUGCGACAACCAUUGUCCUUGUCAAUCCCGUCAAGACCAGACCCUCCUGUUCCCUCACCACUGCCAAGAUCAGCCACGUCGAGUUCCGUGACACAGACGCCGACGAACGGGAACGUCACUCGUCAAUCCAGUCAAUCGAGACCUUCGACUGCUCCCAAGCCCAUCAAAGAGGAAGGCACAAAAUGGUAUCAACGACGUAAAUCUACCACUGAAAAGGAUAAGCGGACGUCACUCAUCGCCGCUUCUGCUCCGUCCAACCGGCUCGCAGUGACACCCGAAAAGGAAAUCGCUCAGCCAGUCUCACCGAAACCGAUACGUCAACCCGUGCCAUCCGAGGCAUCUUCCCCACCUGCCAUGUCGAGCAGCUUCGUCUCUACUCAAUCAAACAUGUCCAGUGCCAGCGGAACUCAAGUUUCACCGACGAUGCCCACGACACCUCGCGACCGGACCGUGUCAGGUUCAUCACAGUCUUCGUCCGCCUUUGGUACUUCCGCUGAGAAGACCAACUCGACCGGUCUAGGCAGGCGAAUGAGUGGUCUCGGACGAAUGGGCAGUCGAAACGGAAGCAUGGGCUUUGGCAAGCUCUUGGGCAAAAAGGAUAAGCAAUGAUUGGAUCCAGCUAGUUUAUCGUACA